UUUUUUUUUUUUCCGCCGAAGCCGAGCGGGCGCUGCUAGCGGAGGCGCCAUAUUGGAAGGGACAAAACUCCGGCGACAGCGAGUGACACAAAUAAACCCUUGGACCCCCUCGCUCCCCCAGCUCUAAGGGCCGCGAUGUUGUACCUAGAGGACUAUCUGGAAAUGAUUGAGCAGCUUCCAAUGGACCUGCGGGACCGCUUCACCGAGAUGCGCGAGAUGGACCUGCAGGUGCAGAAUGCAAUGGAUCAGCUAGAACAAAGAGUCAGUGAAUUCUUCAUGAAUGCAAAGAAAAAUAAACCGGAGUGGAGAGAAGAGCAAAUGGCAUCCAUUAAAAAGGAUUACUAUAAAGCUUUGGAGGAUGCAGACGAGAAGGUACAGUUGGCAAACCAGAUAUAUGACUUGGUAGAUCGACACUUGAGAAAGCUGGAUCAGGAACUGGCUAAGUUUAAAAUGGAGCUGGAAGCUGAUAAUGCUGGAAUUACAGAAAUAUUAGAGAGGCGAUCUCUGGAAUUAGAUACUCCUUCACAGCCAGUGAACAAUCACCAUGCUCACUCACAUACUCCAGUGGAAAAAAGGAAAUAUAAUCCAACUUCUCACCAUACGACAACAGAUCAUAUACCUGAAAAGAAGUUUAAAUCUGAAGCUCUUUUAUCUACCCUAACAUCAGAUGCCUCUAAGGAAAAUACGCUAGGUUGUCGAAAUAAUAAUUCUACAGCCUCUUCUAACAAUGCUUAUAAUGUGAAUUCCUCCCAGCCUCUGGCAUCCUAUAAUAUUGGCUCCUUGUCUUCAGGAACUGGUGCAGGGGCAAUUACCAUGGCAGCAGCUCAAGCAGUUCAAGCUACAGCUCAGAUGAAAGAGGGACGAAGAACAUCAAGUUUAAAAGCCAGUUAUGAAGCAUUUAAGAAUAAUGACUUUCAGCUGGGAAAAGAGUUUUCCAUGCCCAGGGAAGCAGCUGGCUAUUCAUCAUCUUCAGCGCUCAUGACUACAUUGACACAGAAUGCUAGCUCAUCAGCAGCAGAUUCACGGAGUGGGAGAAAGAGCAAAAACAACAACAAGUCUUCAAGCCAGCAGUCAUCAUCUUCCUCCUCCUCUUCUUCCUUGUCAUCAUGUUCUUCGUCAUCAACUGUUGUACAAGAAAUCUCUCAACAAACAACAGUUGUACCAGAAUCUGAUUCGAACAGUCAGGUUGAUUGGACUUAUGACCCAAAUGAACCACGAUACUGCAUUUGUAAUCAGGUAUCCUAUGGUGAGAUGGUGGGCUGUGAUAACCAAGAUUGCCCCAUAGAAUGGUUCCAUUAUGGAUGUGUUGGAUUGACAGAAGCACCAAAAGGAAAAUGGUACUGUCCACAGUGCACUGCUGCCAUGAAAAGAAGAGGCAGUCGGCACAAAUAAGGGUGGUCAUUGCAUUUGAGAAAGAAAAAAACUCCAACAUUUUAUAUAGGACUUUAAAAAAAAGAAAAAAAGAGAGAGAAGAGACAAUGCAUUUCCAGGCAACCACUUAAAGGAUUUACAUAGACAAUCCUAUAAGAUCUUAACUUGAAUUUUAUGGGUUGUAUUUUAAUAAUGUAAGUAAAUUAUUUAUGCACUCCUGGUGUGCUCUGAAUAUUAUUCCAGUCAGCCUUGGAUUAUUUCAGUGGCCAACAUAUGCAGACGUUUGUACUCCUCAACCAUUUUCUCCAAGUAAUGGGCAUUCUAUAAUUUAGACUUCAAAGAAUUCCAACGAUGAAGAUUUUAAGAAAAGUAUUUUAUAUUCAACAGGUAUGUUCUGCUGCAUGUACUGUACUCCAGAGCUGUUACGUAACACUGUAUAUAAAUGGUUGCAAAA